GAUCGCGAAGAGGGCUCGUUUUUGCGCGCGUAAUGCCUUUGAUUGCGAGGGAACUGCGAUCCGCUUCCAAAAUCCCCGUUGCAUCGCAUUGGUUCCUCUCAUUCUAGAGAAUCGAAAUAGCCUUUUCAAUUCCCGACGACAUUGAUCUCCUUGUGUUCUCACGCUUUCAAGUCUCUAAUUCUUUCGGAAUCGAUUACUGACUUCCGCUCAGGUUAUUCGCAACUUAGAAGCCAUACAUCUCCGAGUAUCAAUCUCUUUUAUGAAUCUCUUCUGUGGAAAAUCUGGCAUAAUUAAAGAGAUCGUUCAUCGUUGUUCUUCAGCUUCAUUGAAUCUCUCCUGGCGCUGGUUUUCAUUGAUCUUGAUGGAGGCUCACCUCAUAUGCUUCCAAUCGAGCUCUUUACAUCUCAUAGAUUUGGAGGACAUCUAUUUUCACAUAUUAGUUUAUUCAUGAAGCCUUUAAUUGCUUUUCAUUUCAAAGAUCGCUGGUGCACUACUACUAUGGAGCUCAAGAACACUGGGAGCAAACGUGACUAGGGCGGGAGAUAGCCGAUGAUCUAGAUGGACCAAAUUCUAGAAGCUACAGAAACUCUACUGAAGUUAAGAGCAUUCCACUUUAGCUUUAAUUUGGAUGAAGAACAUUCCAAACCAAAUUUUCUUGGCAAGAUCGGCAGUUCUUCAUUGAAACUCCUGGGUGGAUCCUUUGCUCUCUAACAACUUGGCCAGCAGAUCAUCAGAUGUAAUAGCUGAUCCAUUGGCGUUGAAUUUGCCACGAUACUGUGAUAACAUCCCAGCUCGAGUACACAGGUGAAUGCUUAUUGAUUGUAGCCUUAAAAUUCAUUGUCCUCCGACAUUAUUCUACUCGAUUCGUUGUGAACCACAGCUGCAGGUUCUUGUUGGAACAGGAUCCAGAAUAAUGAAAAUACUCAAAAUAUUCAUUGAAUUCUUUUACAUGGGAUUGGUGGUAGAGAUCUCCACGUGUAGAGAUGGGGAAGCUUUGCUGUUCUCAUCCCGGACACUUAUUUCAUUUUUCAUUCCCGUAAAAUUCCUCAUCUAUUGUUGCGGGGAUCGAAAAGCCGAGCCGAGCCGAGCCAGAGCCGGAUUUGGAAGGGACAAAGAUCGUCUCCGAAUUUCUAUAAAUCUCUCUCUCUGGGCCCCACCACCUCUUUUGGAUAAGCAUCGCAACACACCACCCGAUUUUAUGCUUCCGACUCGCCACGUCAUCGCCUUUAUAAUCAGGGUUCGGCGGGUUGAUCAACCCUCUGGAUUCUCGCCGGAGGAUUCGGGUUAUGGAUCUAUGUUUGAGAGGUUGGAGACUGGGGAUGUGGAUCGCGGUGUUGAAGGGUUUGAAAAGGAGGCUGAGGAAUCUAAUACUUGCAGCUCAGCUUCAACUUCUUCGUCUUCUUCCAUCGGGAGGAAUAGUGAUCAGUCCGCGAGAUCGUCGGAUGAUGAGGAUAGCGGCGAGAAUGAUGAGGUUCAGAGCUCCUAUAAAGGCCCGCUGGAUAUGAUGGACUCCUUGGAGGAGGUUUUGCCUGUCAGAAAAGGUAUCUCAAAGUUCUACAAUGGAAAAUCGAAGUCUUUCACGAGUUUGGCCGAUGCGUCCACUGUUUCCUCAGUGGAGGAGAUUGUGAAGCCAGAAAACGCCUAUUCCAAGAAACGUAGGAAUCUUAUGGCUUUCAAUCUGGUGUGGGAGAAGAACCGGAGUUUCCCCCUCAAGAAUAACGGUGGUGGGAUAUCAAAGAGACCCAUCAGCUCAAGCAGAAGCUCCUUCGCUUUGGCCGUUGCUAUGAGCAGCUCCGAAAGUAACAGCAGUGAGGACUCAAAUUGUAGCUCAUAUUCAAGCUCUCCACCGCCUCGCCCACCUCUGCACCCACAAUCCAAAGCGUCCAACAGCCAUCUGGCUUCCAUUGUGCCACCACAACGAAAUUUCUCCACUUGGCGUUCAUAUUCCUUGGCUGAUUUACAAGAGUGUGCCACCUCUGCUAAUAAGGCCAACCUAACAAAUCUAAACUGACCCGGGGAAUUUCCUUCUCUUGCAUAGGUACGCAAGAGUCUUUUUAAUUAUUCUAGGGACCCUGAAAUAGGAGGUUUUUUCUAGUCUGAUUUUAGGUCUUAUGGUCGUUACUGUACUCUAUAUUAAAGACCAAAACUUUCAUGUCUCGUUGUUUAUAAUGAAAUGGGGUGAGUCGCAUUUUUCAACACCUGUCUGGAUUGGCCCAAGACAACCAUACCAUCCACCUACCCACACAAACAAACAGCCACCUCGUAGGCUAGUUUGACCAAUGCAACCAUAACUUCCAAAUUCUGUUUGGUUCACCAAGAUUGAUAGCCUGAUUGGUUGAGCAACUUCUAAGAGCGUUCUUACGCUUUAUCGAAACAUUGAAUGAAAAGAUACAACCACAACAGAUAUAGCGACCUUCCACAGUCCAUCUCCCAGUAUCAUUCAAGGACAUCUGCACGUUUCGACACAUUUAGUUCAGUCCCUCGUAUUCUUAGUUUCCCUUGAGCUUCAUUUAUGGUUAGAUUUAACUACGGCUUCUUUGUUAUAGACCUUGAGAAUGUAAACAUGCUCAGUGCUGCAAUUUGCUCGUUGCCUAAGCAAUUGUAAGCAUUCCCAAUGGCAUUGAUGAGUUUCUUUUGCUGAUUGGCGUUUAAUGUAGAUGAAUUUUCUUC